UCCACACUAUCGGUUCGCUCACGAUUCGCUCACGCUCCGCUCCCACAGUCCGAUCAAAUGUUAUUUCAUACUGCAUUUGAGAGUGUUACCCAUAGUGUGAGUACGUUCUUUCUUGUAAACAAUACGAUAUCUGAUCGGACUGAGAGCGGAACGUGAGCGAAUCGACAGUGUGGAUCGAGCCGAAAUCUCUUCACUCCCUCCGCGCCAACAUGACGCAGACUUAAAACGGUGUAAACUAUAAGAUCAUCGGAGUUUUACGACAGUCACUGCUACGCGCGGCGGAAAAUCAUCGCAAAAUGGAUUACACCAAGUUUUACGCUAAGAUCACCGGCAAACGAAGAACAAACUUAAUAAGACAGUUAACCAAGCUCCAUGCGAAUCGGCCGAACUGCAUUACCCUCGCCGCUGGUAUGCCAAACGUCGCCACGUUUCCCAUUGAAGAUAUUUCCGUGACGUACAAGCACAACAUCGCGCUGCAACUUGACAAACAUUCCCUGUCCACGGCGUUGCAAUACGGAUCUUCGCAAGGCUACUUACCGUUAUUGGAAAAAUGGAAAGAGCUUCAAAAUACUUGGCACACACCGAGACGAAACGAUUGGAAUGUCGCGCUCACGAACGGUUCGCUGGACGGUUGCAACAAAAUCUUCGAGAUGAUGAUCGACGAAAAUGAUCCGGUCAUGGUCCAAACGCCGACGUAUACCGGAAUACUUGGAGCGCUAGCACCGUUGGCGCCGGAAGUUAUAGAAAUCAAUCAAGACGCCGAAGGAAUAAUCCCCGAGGAAAUCGCCGACCACUGCGAGCGAAGACUCGCAGAUGGAAAAUCAAUGCCCAAGUUGAUUUAUGUCAAUCCAACGGCCGCGAAUCCUACGGGCGCCACCUUGUCGGAGAUCCGACGAAAGCGAGUUUACGAAUUAGCGCGGAAAUACAACUUCCUGAUCGUCGAGGACGAUCCUUACUGCUUUCUGCACUUUCUGGACAAACAGCCGACGUCGUUCUUCUCGCUCGACACCGACGGUCGUGUAAUCAGAUUGGAUUCGUUCAGCAAAUUUAUCAGCGCAGGACUUCGCGUGGGUGUCGUCACAGCUCACAAAGAUAUUGUCGACAAGCUGGUCGUUCACAUAGAAAAUUCCAUUCUCCAUCCGUCUUCUCUGUCGCAAAUGCUUCUUUGCAAACUGUUUGAAAUUUGGACUCCGAACAAGUUCGAGAAACAUUUCGAGGACAUACGGAAGUUUUAUCGAGACCGACGUGACGUAAUGCUGACGAUGAUGGAGAAACAUUUGACUGGUUUAGCGGAAUGGUACGUGUCUCAAGGCGGAAUGUUUCUCUGGGUCAAAGUAUUGGCUGUGAGUGACGUACUGGACUUAGUGAUGAAUAAAUGCGUGCCCCAAGGCGUCUUCGUUCUUCCCGGCAACGUUUUCCAUUACAAUCCUGAUAAACCCAAUUGUCACUUGAGACUUAGCUACAGCUACGCCUCGCCUGAAGAAAUGGACAAGGGUCUGUCCGUAUUGGCGAAUAUAAUACGCGAAGAAGCGGCAGCUCGCGCAACUGAAGAAAGAUAAUGUGAAGACGUGUUUCUCUACGCACACAUUCUAUUCACAAUGUCCAAGUAUUAUUGUUAACACUUUACAUAUACACUAUAUGUAAAUUUGAUGAAGCAAACAGCAAUAAAAAAACCAAUUUUACUAUAA